AGUUAAUAGUUAUCACUCAUGAAACAUAUGUCCGUAUUUUCUUGUUUCGUGUUUCGUCUUGGUCUUGAAAACCAUGUCAUAAACUCUGAAGCAACAAUUCAAUAUAAUUGAAUGCUUUGUCUAUAAGUGGUCAUUUUUAAGCAUGUCGUGUGUUUGAAAGGAUUUUGCAAUCUAAAGUGAUAUCUAUCGACGUAUUCAGCACAUAAGCGAUUAAUAAUCAUAUUUAGAGUAUAGAAUUUUUUUAAAUUUCCAAAUCUCAUUGAUUUCUUCUGUUAAUGUUUUAAAAAAAAAAAAUGUAAAUAGUGUAAUAAUAUAAUUAUAACAAUCAAUUAGUAUUUAUAUGGUCGUAAUUUAGUAUAACAGAAGUCCUGUCAUCAAUUCAUGUAAACUGAAAAUACAAGGGCAUUACAAACUUCGCACAAGUAGUAGUCAUGGCUAAGUGGUUGGAUUCAGACGAUCUACUUCCAUACGAUAACCAAGUUGGAGGUCAUAAAUUUACCAAAGAAAAACCAUUGUUAGGUUUAUUGAAACAUAAAGAAGGUUAUAUAUUGAAAUCAGUAGAAGGUGGUACUAAAGGAAAGAAUGAAGUACGAUUUUAUGAAGAAUUAUUAAAAAAUGAAAGCCUAAUAAAUCUCAGAAAAUUAGUUCCAUUAUAUUAUGGUACUGUUGCUGUUCAAAUAAAUUCUUUAGACAUGACAUUCAUUGUUUUGGAUGAUAUUACCACAGGCAUGAAAAAACCGUGUGUGAUGGAUGUUAAAAUUGGUUCACAGACAUGGGAACCUGGAUGUUCAGAAAAGAAAAAAAAUGAUGAAAAUGCUAAAUAUACAGAAUGUAAAGAGCAAUGGAGUUUUUGUAUACCAGGUUUUCAAGUGUACGAUUUAUCAAGUUCCAAUUUGGUACAGCCACAGAAAUAUGAUAAAGAAUUUGGCAAAAGUUUAGAUCCAGGAAAAGUUAUCUCUGUGUUCAAGACAUUUUUAAACUUUAACAGUGGAUAUCUAGGUCUAGAAAAACUAGUUCAAAGCUUUACAGCCCAAUUGGAUCACAUAAGACGAUACUUCCAAACUCAAAAACAUUACCAUUUUUACUCUAGUUCGGUUUUGUUAGUAUAUGACGCAGAAACAUUAAAAAACGACAAAAACACUUAUCCUUUGAUAAGAGUAUCAUUAAUAGAUUUUGCACAUGUAACUCCAGCUGAUGGUAAAAUUGAUUUAAACUAUUUACAAGGUAUUACUAAUUUAUGGACAUUGUUUCGAACACAAUUGUUACACAACAAUUAAUAUGAAUCUCUUCAGUUAUUGGUGCCCAAUACUUAUAAAAUUCAUUUAUUUUUAGUUUUAAUGUUUAGCUUUAUUUGUCUUACUUUGUUCAUUAUUCUUAUUGUUUAUUAAUUUUGUCGAUAACCAAAAUAAUAGAUUAUCUUUUAUUUAACAUCUUAAACUCAUACACAAUCAAUCAUACAAUAAUAAUUUUACUUUUCUACUUUUCUUUCUAAUAGUUUAUUUAUUU